AUGAUACCUGCUACUCAACGUGCUUUGGUCUUUAAGAGAGGAACACCCAGCGUUGUCGAUCGUGCUGUCCCAAAGCCAGCAAAUGGAGAGAUACUGGUGAAGAUAUGCAGCGCCGCGCUCAACCCCAUCGACGGAAGCUUUGCUUUUGGAGGCUUUUCUGCUGGAGGUGUUGUUCCUGAAGUGCUCGGCUGUGAUGCCGCAGGGGUGGUUCAACAUGUUGGUCCAGGAGUGGCUGGAUUUAUCGAAGGAGACUCAGUGUUCUAUCAAUGCAGCUUCUUGGAUUCCAGAACGACUUCCUUCCAACAAUACGCUGUCAUUCCAGCGGACCUCGCAGCAAAAGUACCGCCCAAUGUUUCCUUAGACGAAGCCUCGACCUUGGGGAUCGCAAGUGGGACGGCCGGGAUAGGGAUGUAUCACACGCGAGAAGGUCUCUUAGGUUCUGGCCUUACACCUCCAUGGGUCAAAGGAGGCAAAGGAAAGUACAAAGACCAAGCAUACCUCGUCGUCGGUGGGUCGUCGUCCAUCGGGCAAUAUGCCAUCCAAUUCGCCCGCAUGUCCGGGUUCUCGCCUAUCAUCACAACUGCCGCUCCUAAGCACGCAGAGUACCUUAAGUCCAUCGGAGCCACACACAUUCUCGACCGCUCCCUAUCCCAACGCGGGAUGCUCUCCGCCAUCCGGUCUGCACUCGGGUCUACCCCACUCAACUACGCCUUGGAGGCGAUAUCGUACUCUGACACCAUCGCUCUAGCCCUCGCUGCGUUGGCGCCUGGAGGGACACUUGCCUCGGUUGCAGGCGGCUCCGGGUAUGUGAAGGAUGGAAAGACUGUGGUCAACAUCUUUGGCAGUUUGCAUACCCCGCAGAAUGUGGAGUUUGGGAAAGGGUUUAUUGCGGGCGUGGGGGAUCUUUUGGCGACAGGAGAGUUAAAGCCCAAUCGCGUGGAGGUGCUUCAGGGUGGACUAAAUGGAAUUCCAGAAGGCUUGAGGCGGAUUUCAAAGGGAGCUGUUGGUGGCAUUAAACUCGUUGCGCGGCCUCAGGAGACGGUGUGA